AAACCGGAGCUUAUUUAGAAAAUCGCCCGUUUUUUUAUUUUUAUUUUUUUCAGCAAACAUGAAAACUAAACGAAAAUGUGCUCAGUAUAACAGACAUGAAGGAAACAGUAAGUCAGUAGUUUAUAAUCCAAAGCUCGUGCAGAAAAUCAGUUAUUUAUGCCCCUUUCUUUCUUUAUACGUCAAUUCGACACCACUUUUCCUGAAGACAGUCAAAUGCGAAUUAGUGAUUCUAUUCUAUUCUAUUCUAUUCUAUUCUAUUCCAUUCCAUUCCAUUCCAUUCCAUUCCUGACUUGCAUAACAGGUUAUUGAUUUCUUCCAGAAAAUGGAAUGAGGAAACAAUGAGUAGCCAAGAAACUCCAUUCGGAAAAUCUCCUCUUUAUGUUUCUUUGUCUUUAUUUACGCUUCUUUAAUGACUAGUUGAUCUUUAAAAAUGUUAAAAGAAAACUGGAGAAUGUGUCCUGUUAUAUCGCAUUCUCAUUAGAAUCACAGUUAACCUGAAAAAAAUAUUGUGUUUUAUUCUGCGUUUAAUUCGCAUAGGGCUGAUCAAGCACUGCACAAAUCAAACGCCGUGGAACACAUUUCAUCAAGACAGUUUUCCAGGAGGAACCGAUGUCAAAUUGAUAAAGAACUAAUUAGGAGACUAUUCAUUUACCAGCCAAUUUACUAAUUACCCUCUCGUGCAAUUAAUUAUCUUGCAGUAUAGCUGCAGCGUGGCGAUAAAAACACAUCGUGUAGGACUGUGGCGUUCAGCCUCGCCGCUGCUCGGGUAACAUGGACGGGGAUGUCGUGUCGGCCGGCUGGAGGUGGAGGUGGAGGUGGAGGUGGAGGUGGCAGGUGCCGCGCCGUGCCUCCUUGAAGUUCGAGGAGAACUACAUUUCCCGAGGAGCUUUGCGCCGCGAGCGAGAAUCCGUGGAAAACCGGACUGCGCCUGCGUAUCCAGACGUGGCAGCGGCAUCAUGGCCUCUUGGAAGCGCUACGGGAGUCGGAUGAGAGAGGCGAAAAUGUUCACGCUGGUGCUGCUGGUGUGGCUGCUGUCGGCGCUGGAGGCGGUGAAGGUGUCUCCUCUCAUAGAGAAAGUCAGUGACCACAAAGACUUCAAGAAGCUGCUCAGGACGAGAACCAACGUGCUGGUGCUCUACACCAAGACAGCGACAUCAGGGGACUCCCACCUGAAACUGCUGUCCGAUGUCGCCCAGACGGUGAAGGGCCAAGGGACCAUCGCCUGGGUCAACUGUGGAGACUCAGAGGGCCGCAAGCUGUGUAAGAAAGUGAAGGUGGACCCGAGCUCCAAACGUGGAGGAGCAGAGCUGCUGCAUUACAAAGAUGGGACGUUCCACACGGAGUACGGCAGGCCGGCUACCUUCAAGUCGAUGGUGGCAUUUUUGAAAGACCCGUCAGGGCCUCCGCUGUGGGAGGAGAACCCAGAGGCCAAGGAUGUCCUCCAUAUAGAGACAGAAAAAGACUUCAGGAAGCUGCUGAAGAGAGAGGAGAGGCCGGUCCUCAUGAUGUUCUACGCUCCCUGGUGCGGCGUUUGCAAGAGAAUGCAGCCAGUUUUUCAGCAAGCUGCCACCGAGACAAAGGGAAAAUAUGUCCUGGCGGGGAUGAACGUGCACCCGGCUGAGUUCGACGGCCUGAAGCAAGAGUACAACGUCAAAGGCUACCCGACCUUCUGCUACUUUGAGAAGGGGAAGUUUCUUUACCACUACGAGAACUACGGAGCGACAGCCAAGGAUAUCGCAGACUGGAUGAAGAGCCCCCAGGCCCCGCAGCCGAAGGCGCCCGAGGUGCCGUGGACAGAGACAGACUCCCCGGUCUUCCACCUGACCGAUGAGUCCUUUGACACCUUCCUGGAGGAACAUCCUGCAGCCCUCAUCAUGUUCUACGCCCCGUGGUGCGGCCACUGCAAGAAGAUGAAGCCAGAGUAUGAUGAAGCUGCAGAAAUACUCAACAAGGGCGCCGAUAGUCCGGGCGUGUUGGCAGCGGUGGAUGCCACGGUGCACAAAGCCGUGGGGGAUCGCUUCAAGAUCUCUGGUUUCCCGACCGUUAAGUAUUUUGAGAAAGGUGAGGAGAAGUACACGCUGCCACAUCUCCGAAGCAAAGACAAGAUCAUCGAGUUCAUGCACAAUCCCCAGGCUCCGCCCCCACCUGAGCAGUCUUGGGAGGACAAGCCCUCCAGCGUCAGCCAUCUUGGAUCGGAAGAUUUCCGAGAGGCGCUGAAGAAGAAGAGGCACGGUCUGGUCAUGUUCUACGCUCCAUGGUGUCCGCACUGUAAAAAUGCCGUCCCCCACUUCACCACAGCAGCAGAUCUCUUCAAAGAGGACCGCAAGAUUGUGUAUGCUGCUGUGGACUGCACAAAAGGACAGAACCACGAGAUUUGUAAGCAGGAAGGGGUGGAGGGCUACCCCACGUUCAACUACUACAACUACGGCAAGUUUGUGGAAAAAUACAACGGAGACCGCGGGGAGGCCGGCUUCAUUGGUUUCAUGCGCAGCCUAAGAGGACGCGACCAGGAAAAGGUUGUCAAGAAGAAGGAGGAGCUCUGAGGUCGGCGUGCAGGGGAGGGACGGGACGGGACGGGACGGUGGGGGUGGGGGACGCACUGUGACCCUUGAGCCGGACAAUGGCCCUAACAGCACUGACAUGGGAGACUCGAUGACCUCAGCGAAAGGCUAUUUUUUAUACCGUGGUGAUCCCGUUUGUUAUAAUACCAACAGAGUUCUAGACCAACCACUUGAGACUUCUUCUUCUUCUUUCUUUCUUUAUUUUUUCCCCCCAUGGAUAUUUUAAUGGGCAGACAACAAAAAGUGAUUUCUUUAUUUUUUUUUCCUUCUUCUUCUUUUUGCCCAAUCACUGUGACUCUAUGUGUGAAAACCUACACCCUAUACUGUAUCUAUGCAAUACUGACCCCUGCUUAGCCGUGUGUGUGUGUGUGUGUUGAGAGUGGGGGUGGGGGGGCGGUCUGUGGGACUGGGCUGACACCCAUGGUGGCUUGGUUGGUAGUGGGCAUCUUUAGUUAAAGGUGGAGGCUGGCUGCACUUGUUCAUCACUCCACGAGGGUCCUAACCCACAUCAACCCUGACCCGCGUAUCCAUGGAGACGAGGCACGGUGAUUAUUGAUUAUUGGUUCCAGUUUCUCGUGCAGACCUAUCACGUCUCCAGAGCCAUCCAGAAUAUUGGUUUCUCACAGAUCACUUGGAGCAGAUGUGCAUUUAACACUAACAUCUUAAAAUAAAUAAAUAAUAAUAAAUAUGUGCAGUUAAAUGUGAAGUGUGUGGCAAUAUUCUGUAUGGGUCUGCACAUCAUCGUUGUUUUUCAGAAAGAAAAAGGAUUUUGUUUGCUCAAAACUGUGGCCUUAAAGAUAUUAAAAUCCAAAAUAUGUGGAAUUAUAAAAAUGUGUUAAUGUCAAGUUGAAAGGAACCAGAGGCACAGCUCCCUCAUGACGUGAUCCAGACACACAAAAAAAAAGAAGAAGCCAAAUAUUACUGCGCGUUACCCUUCAUAUUAUCAUACAUUUCACAAUAUGAGUAAUAAUAAUUCACAGGUAUAGUGCCGUUUUACCUCGUCCCUCUGUUGUUUAUUCAUAAUGGGAUUUCAUUAAUGUUUUACUGAGGGUAGGGCUCAUUUACAUGAGUUUGGGAGAAGAGUGCAGCGGCUCAAUAUUGCAUGAUGAUCAUAAAAAUGUCAAAAACAUGAAUCUUACCUCUGUCCAAUGAAAUAAUCAUGGAUUCCGCCCAUGGCUCCCGUCUGCAUUCACACGUUGCUGGAAUAAUUCAGACCAUCUCUUUUACACUUUUGGGGCAUGCAGGGUUUUUGGUUUCUCAAUCUGUUAUGCACCACUUUCUGCUAAACUGAACACCAAUGAGUGGGGUGGGUAAGUGACAGCGCUCUGGACCGUCUGCCUCGCCUCGGCGCAGACUUCCUCUGCUUCUUUCCCAUUCCCACCCUCAUUAUUUAAAACCAAUGACUUCACAAUACGUCCGAGAGGUAAUCAAGUAUUACAUGAUGUCUCCACAUCCCUCUCCCACUUCUCACAGCCAUCUUUCCGGGGCCAGUUUUUUUUUUUUUUUUUUUUUUUUAAAUAAUGUCUGUGUUUUCUACUCCCAUCCUUCGGCCUCUAUUAAUAUUUAAAGUCCUAUCUGUAGCUGAACUUGUGUUUUAUUAUUCAAGAGUUUGGUUUCUUUCAUUCUAAAUAAGGUUCUCAGGGAUAACGAAACACAGUUAAAGGGAACUGGUUUGUUUGAAUUUUGCAUUCCAGCUUAAUCAUUUUGAGUCCUUCUGUCACUAAUUCUGUUAUUUUUGUUUCCCUAUGAAAAAACAAAACAAAAAACGACUGCUUUGUCUUUUUCUUCUGUGUUGGGUCAUGACAACCAGAAACUCUGAAUUAAGACGUACUUUCAGUAGAGGUUACUGAACCGUUUCUCGUCAAACAUCGACAUUGUGAUUCCUAAUGAACUCAUUCCAAGUGAAACUGGCUGGCACCAAACACAUUUUCUUUUGUGUGUGUGUGUUCAAUGUGAUAAUCAACAUUUCAGAAUCUGCAUCUGAGUGCUUUUAGGUGUCCCGUCUCAUAUCUCUGUAAUUGAGUGUUUAUUCUCCUUUUGAGGAGCAACAAUCACCUUUGAUUACUCUGUAUUUGUUUAUUGUGAAAGAACGUCUGCACUGACAUCAUGCAUUUGUUGGGUAUAGAAAGACUUUAUCCCUUUUUCCCAAAUGUUUCCAUAUUGUGUGGGAAUUUUUCACACUUAAGCCAAGAACUCAUUGUUGCCUUUGUUGAUUUUUUUGAUUUUUUUUUUUCUGUGCCCAGCCAUAUGUACAGUUUUGCCCCUUGCAGUAAGGAAUCAAAAAAUAAAGCCAAACAUUUUCAAAAGGUU